AUGGCGAAGUUGCCUCUGGUACAGGCGGAUCUCGAAGUCAGGGACUGGUGGGAACCAUCGCGCGUUCAAGAGGCACUCUCUCGCCAGCCGCGCUUUGUCCGUCCUGAUGUCGCCAGUCUGAAGAGGACAGUUCUCUGCACCGUCAUCCCUAGUUUGUAUUUUUUGGGCCAUGUUUUGCCCACUUGCUCCGGUGACGAGGCAGUGAGUGACGCGGGUGCAUCCGCGGUAGUCUGCACAAUCUGGGCUGCAUUAUGUCUCUUCGCUCUAGGUGCGGCUGCCUGCAGGAACCCUGGAGUUGUUCCGCGUGCCUCCGACCCAGCGCCUGCUUCUUGCCCAGCAAGGUUUCUGGUGGUAAAUGGCGUGCAGGUGAAGCAGAGGUGGUGCAGCACUUGCAGGGUUUAUAGACCUCUGCGCUCGAAGCAUUGCUCUUAUUGCGAUCGAUGCGUCUUUCGCUUCGAUCAUCACUGUACGUGGUUAGGAAAUUGUGUUGGAUUGGGAAACUACAGAUCUUUCCUGCUCCUCGUGGUUACUGCGACGCUGUUCUUCGGGCACUCCUCCGUGAUCACAUUCAAGGUUGCGCGGCAGUGUCUUCGUGAGGCGAGCGAAGUGAGCGUUAUUCGGAGGCUGCUUGUUGCCAACGGAGGAAAGUUCUUAUAUGCGGCCUACGCCCUCGUGAUGUGCUUGGCGUUCAGCAUACUUCUGCUGUACCAUCUCAUCAUCAUGGCAUGCAACUUGACCACGAAUGAACAUGUUCGAGACUAUUACAUGGAGAGGAACCCGUUCGACAUCACCUGCAUGGAAAACUACCGGCAAGUGCUUUGCUUCCCGUACGGGCGAAGCUAUCGAGUCGAUGCUGGGGCUGCUGUUGAUUCCACUCGUGAAGUCGAAUAA